CUUUUUGCAGUAGGGAAUGUUGUUUGGCGGACUCCUGAAGUUGUACAUUACUUUGUCUGGAUUUUGUAAAAUUAAGAAAACUCGAAUUGUUCGUUUCCAUAGCUAGUCAGCUAUCUAAUUGUUUUGUCUAUCUAGGCAAGUUACAGAGGAGAUCGUUUUGGGCGUGGUACACAGCUAAGUUAGUCGCAGCCAGAAGGAAAGCAUCUUCUGCGAGCGGAGUUCGGAAUCCGAGAGUUUAUGAUGCCGACGUUGCGGGACAGCACCAUGUCUCACCCCGGCGAAAACCCUCACCAAGUCCGGGUAAAAGCUUACUACAAAGGGGACAUCAUGAUCACACACUUUGAGCCAUCCAUCUCCUACGAGGGUCUGUACGGGGAGGUCAAAGACAUGUGCUCCAUGGACAAUGACCAGCUCUUCACCAUGAAGUGGAUCGACGAAGAAGGUGACCCGUGUACAGUAUCAUCUCAGCUGGAGCUGGAGGAAGCCCUGAGGCUCUAUGAACUCAAUAAAGACUCUGAACUCAUCAUCCAUGUGUUUCCUUGUGUCCCAGAGAAGCCUGGCAUGCCCUGUCCAGGAGAGGACAAGUCUAUAUAUCGUCGUGGGGCUAGACGCUGGAGGAAGCUCUACUACGCAAGUGGCCAUGCCUUCCAGGCAAAACGCUUCAACAGGAGAGCUCACUGCGCCAUCUGCACAGACCGUAUCUGGGGUCUGGGGCGACAGGGUUACAAAUGCAUCAACUGCAAACUGCUGGUCCACAAGAAGUGUCACAAACUGGUCACCGUGGAGUGUGGCCGACAGAUGAUACAGGAGCCUAUCAUGGGGCCUGAUAGGGGGGCCUCCAUCACUCCAUUAGACCAAUCUGAACAGCCAGGUCCUCAGAACAAAGAUUCCAGUGAGAGUCUAAACUACAAUGGAGAAGAGAAAGAGGCGCGCAGCAGCAGAGACACAGGGAAGUCAGCGUCCAGUCUGGGUCUGGUGGACUUUGACCUGCUGAGGGUGAUCGGGCGGGGCAGCUAUGCUAAGGUCCUGCUUGUCCGACUCAAGAAGACUGAGAGGAUCUACGCCAUGAAGGUCGUCAAGAAGGAGCUGGUCAACGACGAUGAGGACAUUGACUGGGUCCAGACAGAGAAGCACGUGUUUGAGCAGGCGUCCAACCACCCCUUCCUAGUGGGGCUACACUCCUGUUUCCAGACUGAGAGCAGACUGUUCUUUGUCAUAGAGUAUGUUAACGGAGGAGACCUGAUGUUCCACAUGCAGAGACAGAGGAAGCUACCCGAGGAACACGCCAGGUUUUACUCAGCAGAAAUCAGCUUGGCAUUGAACUACCUCCAUGAGAGAGGCAUCAUCUACAGAGACCUCAAACUGGACAACGUGCUGCUGGAGUCUGAAGGGCACAUCAAACUCACUGACUAUGGCAUGUGCAAGGAGGGCUUGAGGCCGGGAGACACCACCAGUACAUUCUGUGGAACCCCCAACUACAUCGCCCCUGAGAUACUAAGAGGAGAGGACUACGGUUUCAGUGUGGACUGGUGGGCGCUGGGGGUGCUGAUGUUUGAGAUGAUGGCUGGACGGUCGCCCUUCGACAUCGUUGGGAGCUCCGACAACCCAGACCAGAACACUGAAGACUACCUCUUCCAAGUAAUAUUGGAAAAACAGAUCAGGAUUCCUCGGUCGUUGUCAGUCAAAGCUGCCAGCGUUCUCAAGGGCUUCCUCAACAAGGAACCUAAGGAGCGGCUAGGCUGUCAUCCCCAGACGGGCUUUGCUGACAUCAUGGGUCAUCCCUUCUUCCGAAACGUAGACUGGGACCUUAUGGAGCAGAAGCAGGUGGUUCCUCCGUUCAAACCCAACAUCUCAGGAGAGUUUGGACUAGACAACUUUGAUGCCCAAUUCACCAACGAGCCUAUCCAGCUCACGCCUGAUGACGAUGAUGCAGUGAAGAAGAUCGAUCAGUCGGAGUUCGAAGGGUUUGAGUACAUCAACCCUCUCCUGAUGUCAGCUGAGGAGUGUGUCUGAGGAGUGUGUGAGUGGACGAUGCACGCCGUGUCUCCUUGACGACGACGUUGCUAGUUAACUCUGCAUGGUUACCAGACAACCCAGCGAUGACAUCACCAUCGGGCACCCUGCUGUUGGAGAGAGAGAGAGCCGCCGGGACUCUCAGACAUUAGAUGCUAACUUGCCAAACCAAUCUCCCAUAGUGUGGCCGCGUUCCAAUUGGCACCCUAUACCCUACGUAGUGCAUUUGGGAAUAGGAGGCCAUUUUGGACGGAAGCCACACUGCCAUGUAUAACCACUAGUCCUUAAAAUCUACCUUCUCUCUUUAAUUAUUUUUGGAUCAUGUAUCAAAUCCACACUGAUUUCCUCGUUGGUCAUCAGGGAGCCUGCUCUCAGUAACCAAUGAGGCUUGGAGGUGUUUGGGUACCUAGGUUACUUGACACAAAGGGGCAGGGGAAAGAGGGACACACAGUCUACAGAGAACUAACUAACCCUCCUCUUCUUCUCUACUUGGUGGUGUAUGAUGGAUAUUUUAUUUGUACAUAUAAAAAAUCAUUAAGGAUGGAUAUAUGUUUAGACCAGUGGUUCCCAACAAGACCUUUUAGCUCCAAGCCAGAUUACCAGGGGGACAUGGUUGAAAACAAUUUAAUGAUUUAUGUCCACUGUAUUAUUAGCUUUGUUGCAGCACCAUGUUUAUAGAGGAAGGAAGAAAAAGACAACACUAGCCUUUUAAAAACAAAACAGUAAUCUAUAUAUUUUUCUCAUUUUAUUUAAUGAAAUAGCUGUUAUCUAUGUAUGAUGGCCAAUGUCCCAAAGUGUUACGUCGUCUUCAAGCCUGGUGUCCUGUCAGAACCACAUAGGUUGGCCCACUAUUGUUUACGUUUACAGUAGUUGUCAUGGCAACCUCUGGUACAGAGACGGCUACAGGAUGUAGUGACUGACUGGAACCUCAGCAGCCAACCAACACUAACGUAGAUUCUGACAAAGUGUACAUCUGAAAUGGCACCCUAUGUCUUAUCAAGUGCACUACAAAAGUAUACUACACUACGAAAAGUGCACUAUUAAGGGAAUAUGGUUCCAUUUUGGAUGCAACCAAACUGUGAAUAGAAUAAUUGACUGUGUGGCAAGUAGGACAAGGGUAGGGCUGGAGCACUAGCUAAGUCUAGGGAUGCCUAUGGGCCCUGGUCAAAAGUAGCGCACUAUAUAAGGAAUAGGGUGCCAUUUGGGACAGGACCUAUUAGUCUAUGCAGACAUUAGACCAUCCAUGCAAUCUAUCGUUCACACAGGACCAACAAAUAUUUUCUAGAAAUUUUAAGAGAAGAUGUUAAUGAUGUCUUGGUGGUACGUUGAAAAAGGUACAGUAUACAGUGAGGGAAAAAAGUAUUUGAUCCCCUGCUGAUUUUGUAUGUUUGCCCACUGACAAAGACA